AUGGUGGAGCCUAGAGUAUACGAUCGGCUGGGAGCCUCUGUGCCGCGCUCCGGCGGACACGUGUCUAGCGACACCAAAGCCGUCCUCUGCCUUGGGGCAGCCGCUGCUGUGGGCUGGGCAGCGUGGAGGUACUACCAACGCCGUGCGUGCCUGCGGAAGUUCGGCCGGGACAUGACGGCAUUGGCUGGAAAAACCGAUCCGGUGAUCGGCCGCGAUGACGAGAUCGACCGUGUCGUCUCCAUCCUCUGCCGCCGGACCAAGAACUGCGUCGCGCUCGUCGGCGCUGCAGGGGUUGGCAAGACGGCUGUCGCCGAGGCCCUCGCCCAGCGCAUUGCCGCCGGGAUGGUCCCCGAUGUUCUCGCCGGUGCGCGCGUCAUUGAGCUCGACGUCGGGGCAUUGGUGGCUGGGACCAAGUGGCGUGGCUCCUUCGAGAGACGCAUGAAGGACGUGAUAAAGCAGGUGGAGGCCGCGGACGGCAAGGUGAUUCUGUUCAUCGACGAGAUGCACAUGCUUCUUGGCGCCGGGCGGUCCAGGAGGAGUGCCAUGGAUGCUGCCAACAUGCUGAAGCCAGCGUUGGCCCGUGGCCGUAUCCGCUGCGUGGGUGCCACAACUUUCGAUGAGUACCGUAAGUACAUCGAGAAGGAUGCCGCACUGAAGCGGCGGUUCCAAAAGGUGCAGGUCGAGGAGCCGAGCAUGGACACAACCAUUGAGAUUCUACAGGCGCUAAAGAAACGGCACGAACAUCACCAUGGCUUGGAAAUCCAGGAUGCAGCUCUUGUUGCUGCUGCACAGCUUGCUGGCCGCUAUAUCACCGGUCGUCAGUUUCCUGACAAGGCAAUUGAUCUAAUUGACGAGGCAUGCGCCACUGCAAGCAAAAAGAUGAGGCAGAUUAACCGCAAAAAGGCGGAAGUGAACACUACAAAAAGUAGCUCUGCAAAGGCAAUGAAGGAAGCUAUUAUCAUCCCAGAUGAUGUCGGACAAGUUGUGAGCCGAUGGACUGGAAUUCCCGUUACGGCACUUAAUCAAGAGGAGAAGGAUAAGUUAAUCUGCCUAGCGGACAGACUGCAUCAGCGAGUUGUUGGCCAGGAUGAAGCCGUCAACCUAGUCGCAGAUGCAGUGUUACGUUCUAGAGUUGGCCUUGAUCAUCCUGGCCAGCCCAUAGGCUCUUUCCUCUUCUUGGGCUCAACUGGUGUUGGAAAGACAGAGCUCGCAAAAGCUCUUGCCGAACAGCUCUUUGAUAGUGAGAAGAUGUUGGUUCGCUUUGACAUGUCUGAAUAUGUUGGGAGUAGUUCAGUGUUGCGUCUCGUUGGAGCACCUCCAAGCUAUCGUGGCCAUGAAGAUGGUGGACAACUGACUGAGAAAGUUAGGAGGAACCCGUACAGUGUCAUCCUUUUUGAUGAGGUGGAGAAAGCAGAUCCCUCGGUGUUCAAUAUUUUUCUCCAAAUCCUUGAUGAUAGCAGGUUGACUGAUGGCAGAGGCCAGACUGUAGAUUUCAAGAAUACCAUCAUCAUCAUGACCUCAAAUCUUGGAUCUGAUUACCUAAUAUCAAAGACGGCUAGAGAAAACACAACAAUAUCUACACAAGAGCUUCUCAUGGAACAGGUUUGCAAGCACUUCAAGCCUGAGCUUCUCAACAGACUGAGUGAGAUUGUUAUAUUUGAGCCGCUUUCGCACGACAAACUGAAGGAGAUAAUGAAAAUCCAGAUGAAGAGCAUUAUGGCCAGAGUAGCUACCAAGGGCAUCUCUCUUUCUGUUAGUGAUGCCGCGUUGGACACCAUCUUAUCGGAAUCAUAUACCCCAGUAAGUAUAUGUUCUACCUACGGUGCAAGACCCAUAAGGAGGUGGAUGCAAAAGAAUGUGAUGACAACUCUUUCCAAGAUGUUGGUCAAAGGAGAAGCCGGUGAAGGCUCAACAAUCUGCAUUGAAGCUACUGAUGACAAUAAGGGUUUGAAGUAUGAAGUGGUGAAGGAGGUGAGCCUACACCAGUGUGGUCUUAGCUAG